CUUCGUCUCUCGCCGACCACGAACGAGCCCUACCUGACUCUUCCGGCUCCAUAUUCACAUAUAAUCAUCACCCCGCCUAGAGCGUCGGAUGUAGAGGCGCAUAGGGCGAUUAUAGAUGAUCCGAGGGUUUAUAGGUGGUUGGCUGGUCCGACGAUUCCAUACCCGGUGGAGAGAGCGAGGGCGUUUGUGGCGAGGGGACAGGGGGUGGCGAGGGAGGCGUUGGCGGAGCUGACAGGCGAAGACUCGAGUUCAGGAAGGGAGGUGGAGGGACUGGCAGGCGAGGGGCUGCGGAUGGUUAGUCGGUGUCCGGUGAAUAUUAUUAGGGAGAGACGAGAGGAUGGCACGGAGGUUUAUUUGGGUGAUUGUUCGUUUGCGAGGUAUCGGUUUUUGGACGAGCAGGAUCCAGACGAGCGGAAGAGAAUGAUAGAUGCGAAUGAAGCGUUGCCAGUCGGAUAUCCUCAGAUUGUUUGGGAAUUGGCAGAUUUUUUGAGCCCAACACAUCAUGGACAAGGUAUCAUGACGGCAGUAAUGGAUACACUGAUGAACGAAUGGUGUGUUCCACGGAUGGGUAUGAGACAUGUUCGAACGGCAAUCUUUGUUGGGAACGAGGGGAGCCGUCGCGUGAUGGAGAAGAACGGGUUCGCGCUGUGGAAGACGGUG